AUGGCGACGGGUCCGGCUACUCAAUCGCUCAAGUGCGUGGUGACAGGUGACGGUGCAGUGGGCAAAACAUGUCUUCUGAUCUCUUACACAACAAAUGCAUUCCCUGGGGAGUACAUCCCGACCGUCUUCGAUAACUACACCGCUAGCGUGAUGGUCGACGGUCGACCGAUCAGCCUGGGUCUGCGGGAUACAGCCGGACAAGAAGAUUACGAUCGCCUGCGCCCACUUUCAUAUCCCCAAACCGACGUAUUCCUCAUCUGUUUCUCGAUCGUCAGCCCCCCGUCCUUCGAUAACGUGAAAGCCAAGUGGUUCCCUGAAAUUGAACACCACGCCCCCAACGUCCCCAUCAUCUUGGUUGGCACCAAGCUCGAUCUCCGCGACGAUCGCCAAACGGUUGAAACCCUUCGAUCGCGGAAGAUGGAGCCCGUCUCGUACGAACAGGCGCUAGCUGUUGCUAAGGAAAUUCGCGCACAUAAGUACCUCGAAUGCUCUGCACUCACGCAACGCAACCUGAAGAGUGUCUUCGACGAAGCUAUCCGGGCUGUUCUGAGCCCCCGCCCCACUGCCAAGUCUGGGAAGAGGAGCAAAUGCUUGAUCUUGUAA